AUGCUUUUGGGAAACCUGGCCCAGGUCUCUUCAGGCCUGUACAACAGCUGCCCCCAGGGUCCGGCUGGCACCCCUGGAAGGGAGGGUAACCCUGGCACCAAUGGCAUCCCUGGGACCCCUGGCAUCCCGGGGCGCGAUGGCAUCAAGGGGGAGAAAGGAGAGUGUGUGAGUGAGGUGUUUGAGGAGCCCUGGAAACCCAACUACAAGCAGUGUGCCUGGAACUCACUCAACUAUGGGAUCGACCUGGGCAAGAUAGCUGACUGUACAUUCACCAAGCUGCGGUCAGACAGUGCCCUGCGUGUGCUCUUCAGCGGCUCCCUGAGGCUGAAGUGUAAGACAGCCUGCUGCCAGCGUUGGUACUUCACCUUCAAUGGAGCUGAGUGUACAGGACCUCUGCCCAUCGAGUUCAUCAUCUACCUCGACCAAGGCAGCCCUGAGCUCAACUCCACCAUCAACAUACACAGAACCUCAUCUGUUGAAGGGUUGUGUGAGGGGAUCCGGGCAGGCCUGGUGGACGUGGCUAUCUGGGUGGGGACCUGUGCUGACUACCCCAGAGGAGACGCAUCUACAGGGUGGAACUCCGUAUCCAGGGUCUUCAUAGAGGAGCUGCCCAAAUGAGGCCGUCUUUAUUAAGUGAUGGGACCAGGCCCCAUAGAGAAAGAACCCCUAACAGUCCUUCUGAAGCCUUUGACUACAUAUCAGUUUAGUUUCUGGAUGUGUUCCUAGUCUUUGACAAUGUCCUCUGGCCAAUCAGACAACUUCAGUUGUGGCUAAAGCCUACUACAGGAUCACUGAUGUUCACUUGAAUGUUUUGUACUACA